AAUGAGAAAUCUGUAACAUUUUGAUUUUAUGUUUAUCCAUGGAGGAGGAUGAACCCAGUAGAGGAAUGGUAGUUUGCUUCAAGAAAAAAACUCAGCUAGAAAACUGCACACCGGGUGAUACGCUUAACACCUUGAUUGAUGUAAAAUGUGAUGAAGUGAAACAAAAUGGUAAAUUUUCUGGACCUGAUCCCACAAAUUGUAAACUUGUUACACUAGACACAAACAGAAACGGUAUGAAAGAAGACUCUGUUAAAACCAAUACGGAGAUUAGUGUUGAGGACAAUCAUCUGAUUGAACAGAGUUCAGCUGUUAAUGUUGUUGUAAGAACUCCAAAAAGUGCAGAGGAUGACACUCAGCGUAAUCUUUUUACUAACAGGCUGACGUGCUUUGGUCCCCGAGUGGUUUCUAUUCUUUUAUGUAUAAUAACAGUACAACUUAUUGUUCUAAUAGUCCUACUUUAUCUCUUGUUCUCAUUUGGGCAUUCCAGUAUUGGUCCCAAUUCUGGAUACAGAGAUGACCCAGACUUCAGAGAUUUCAGUAAAGACAUGGUGGAGCAUAUUGAUCAUGCUCAUUCAUUUAUUGCAAAGCCAAGAUGCUUUUCAAUGUGUGAGUCCCCUGAUAUUUUUUACAGAGAUGAUAAACUGAUAAAAACAGUUGUGACUUUCACUGCUCAGGGCAAACUGAAAUUCCAGCCUGGAAGGUAUUACAUGUUCUUAUUUCCUGAUCCUCCGAUGUUCACGGAAACAGAAGUUGGUAGUCCACUUUAUCUAACACCUUUAAUCAAAAGUGGAUUAAUAGAAAAAGCAAGAGAGGUGUCACUUGUUACGGAACUGCCUAUUCUAAGCACCCUCGAAUCUUACUCUGGUUUCAUCACAGUAAAUGAAGACAAUAAUUCGAACAUGUUCUUUUGGUUUUUCCCUGCCCAGUCAGGAAACACCUCAGCUCCAGUCAUUGUAUGGCUUCAGGGAGGUCCUGGAUCUACUGGUCUUUUUGGACUACUUAAGGAGCAUGGGCCUAUUUUAGCAGAUGUGGAUCCCACGGGAAUGCCUUUUGUAAAAGAAAACCCUUACAGCUGGACAAAGAGUUACAGUGUCAUUUAUGUUGAUAAUCCUGUUGGGACUGGAUUCUCAUUCACAGAGCAUAUUUCUGGAUACCCAAACUUUGUUGAAAACUCUACUGAAGAUCUUUACGACUUCCUUCAACAGUUCUACAAAAUGUUUCCGGAGCAACAGUCCAAUUCUUUUUAUAUUUUUGGAGAAAGCUAUGGGGGAAAGUAUGCCCCUCAGCUUGCCUACAAAAUACACAAUGAAAAUGAAAACCUUAAGGAGGGGAACAUUAAAAUAAACUUAGUUGGAGUUGGAAUUGGAAAUGGUUGGAUGAGUCCUGCAGAUCAGGGUAGAUAUGCAAACUAUCUUCAUUACCAUGGGUUACUGGAUAAACAACAGCUGACCAAAUUAAAUGGGAUUGAUGAUAAAAUUGUCAACCUUAUUACAUCUGAAAACUUUGAUGAAGCAUGGAGAGCAUCAGAUGAGCAGUUGGAUUUUAUACUAUCAUCACUGAAUUACAGUAAUCUCUAUGAUAUGACCAAGGAUCAAUAUCGCCCUUCAACCAUGAACUUUUGGUUCUGGGUUGAACAAAUGGAAGUAAGAAAGGCUUUACAUGUUGGAAAUCAAACUUUCAGUGAUGGAUUGGAUAUUUAUAUGUCUAUGGUUGGAGAUACAAUGCGUUCUAUUAAACCUAUAAUGGAGUCAAUUCUUCCAAACUACAAGGUUUUAGCUUAUCAUGGAGCAAUGGAUAUCAUUUGUCAUUAUAAUGGAGCUGAAGAAAUGUUUAGUACUUUGUCCUGGAAUGGAACAGAUGAAUUUCAGCAGUCAACAAGAAAGUCUUGGUGGGCAUUCAAUGAUGAAACAUCUGGGUAUGAUUUGGCUGGGUACUAUAAAAAAGGGGGAAAUCUGAAUCUUUUCUUAAUCAGAAAUGCAGGUCACUCUGUUCCUUUGAAUCAACCACUAUGGGCAUUCAGGAAUUUAUUCAUAAAUCCUCUUUUCUCUUUUCUCUUCGAAAUUUGCAAUUUUCAUCUACUGUUUAAGAAUUUAGUGCAGUACCGUCCAGCUAGUCAAGGAUCACCCUGCCCACCCCUCUAUCCACCAACAUACAGUAUGGAACAAAAUAACAGCUGUGUCAAGGAGGAGCAGCAUAAUUCUGCGUAGGAACACUAGCAGACCUCUGUUUCGAGAACAGCAGCAAAAUAUGUUUAAAGUUUAGCAACAUGCCUCUGCUUAAAACUGAGCAACUUCUCUGUUUAGAGAGCAGCAGCAUAUCUUUGCUUAAAUUGGAGCAGCAUACCUCUGCUUAACACGGGGCAGUUUUUCUGUUUAAAAAGCCACAGCAUAUAUUUAGUGGAGCAUCAUAACUCUCUUUCAUGCAGGAGCAGCAUAACUUUCCUCGAUGAAAUGAGCAUAUUUGCUGAUAGAACAGCAAACCUUUAACCUACGAUGAGUCGCAUUAAAGAGAGUGUUCGCGGAAAAUGAAAGGGGGUAUAGGCUUACGGCGAUAAAUAAUCGCUUCUGAUCGCUACU